GCUCGUCUGAUAUACAAAGUGACACCGUUAGUCGUUGUACCGUGAAUUGACGGCAAUGAGCUGCUGCACUCGGUCAACAAACAGCAUUGAGUGCUGCACAAUGUGUUAGCUAGCAUGUGCACGUGCCGAGGUCGUCUCUCACAAUAGUGUACAAGACAUCAACACGGAGGUUGCUGAAGUUACCUCCAGUAGACACUUCCUGCAGUUCCUGGAUAUCAUUUACCAGCAGUGCGCAUGCCCAGUGGAUGGUGUGACCUGCUGCAAGGGCUGGGGAACCUGUGACUGAACUUGCAGAGUUGCUGCAUCACCUUCGAACACUUCGAGAGAUCGACUCAAGAUUCCCUCUCUGAUCGAAUGACUAAGACAUGAUCGGCAAUAAAGCACUGUCACAUGCCACCCAGAGGAGUGCCACCUGGCUAUUGUGUUUUCCGAUGUCGAUUGGAGAGACCGGCAAGAGAUCAAACAUAUGUGAUCCCUUACUACAGUCAAAUUUUGUGUUAGAAAACCUAUCUAAUAGCAGAUCUUUUUACGAAAAAAUGUAGACUAUGCUCUACAUAAGUCACCUAUCUGCAUCACUGUUGACAAAAAGCAUUGACAAAAAAUAUUAGAACAAUAAGUGACUUUAAAAAAGGAAAAACUCCGGAGAACAUAUAGGGAGUUCUGUCGUUUAAUACAACGAGGCGUCGUGCAGUAUAGGAUUACUCCUGCCACCGUAUCCUCAUGUGAGUUGACCUGAAAAGCCUUCACUGACAUCUUAAGAUCGACAUAGGUUUUCAAGUGAUCCCCGAGGGGAAGUGCUGUCUCAAUGUUUGUCACCUUUUACCUAAGGAGCAAUCAUCGGCGGGUGGCACCCUCUUUCUCCCCCUUCUGCCCCUCGUCUCCCUUCGCCUCCCCUCCUCCUCCCCUUGUGGUGUCUGAUGUGCCGCUGAAAGAGAUUUCCAUCUCCAGGAUGUCAUUGUGUACCAACUGGCGGAAGCACACAUCGGUCGUCGCCAGAAGAGACCGUGGCCAGAAGAGUGAUCGGCGGUUGCAGCUGGACACCAGCGACUUUUAUUACUUCUAUCCCCAUAAGGUCAAGGAAAGGGCAGCCCUUGAGACUCUGUCUGAAGAUGAAGAAGAUGACAUUAUUGGUUCUGGAACUGGAGAGGGUAUUAGCAUCUGUGCUAUGCCUUCAAUUAACAGCACCACAAACUUCACUCCCACACCUGGUGGACCUUUCUCUGCUUUGACACCUUCUAUGUGGCCACAAGACAUUAUCUCUAGAAUCAAUCAUCCGCCUGAGGAUCCAAAUGGACAGCUUGAUUAUCGCUAUGAUGAGUUUGGAUUCAAAGUAGAAGAAGAAGAUGGACCAGAGGAAAAUUCCAGCAAGCUGCUAAGCACCCCAUUUGUCGAAGAGCCACAGCAUCGGCUUAAGUGGACUGCUUACCUUGAGUUUACGCAUAAUAAUGAAGUAGGCGACCUGACUUGGGAUAAAGUUGAACCUCGAUUGCCAAGAUCAGAGAAACUACGAAACAUGAUCAAGGAAGGCAUUCCACACUCUCUGCGACCUCAGAUCUGGAUGAGAAUCUCAGGAGCCUACGAGAAAAGGCUUAAGUCAGACCUGUGCUACAAGGAUGUUGUCAAGGCUAGCUCAAAUGACCAUCUUAUGACUUCAAAACAGAUUGAAAAAGAUUUGCUGCGAACAAUGCCAAGCAAUGCUUGCUUCUGCAACAUCACAAGCACAGGCAUCCCACGACUUCGCCGCAUUUUAAGGGGACUAGCUUGGCUCUACCCUGACAUUGGAUACUGCCAGGGCACUGGGGUGAUUGCAGCAUCCUUACUGCUGUUUAUGGAGGAAGAAGAUACAUUUUGGAUGAUGUGUGUCAUUAUUGAGGAUCUCUUGCCUGCAUCAUACUAUUCCUCCACUCUUCUUGGUAUCCAGGCUGACCAGAGAGUGUUGCGUCAACUCUUGAUCAGCUAUCUCCCUGACAUUGAUUUGGUAUUAAAGGAGCAUGACAUAGAGUUAUCACUGAUCUCGUUGCACUGGUUCCUCACACUGUUUGCUAGUGUGGUGCACAUGAAAGUGCUACUACGCCUCUGGGACCUUUUCUUUUACAACGGCUCCACUAUCAUCUUCCAGAUCACCAUGGGCAUGCUUAAACUCAAGGAGGAUGAACUAAAGUCCCUUGACAAUUCAGCUCAGAUCUUCAAUGCCUUGUCAGAUGUCCCAGGAGAUGUGGAGGAUGUGGAAGAACUGAUUGAGGUUGCCUAUCGGGUGUCUGCAUCAUUGACAGAUGUUGUUGUGGACACUCACCGCCGUAAACAUUUGGCAUACCUUAUGGCUGAUCAAGGUGCUCUUGUCAAUCCUGAAUCUUCCAGGAACCUCCCUAAACAGCAACUAAAUAAACGGCACCUGCGACGAUCAAGGUCGCUUAUGUCCAUGUUGCUACUAGGGAAUAAUCAGGAAGAUGAAGAUGGUGGGAAGGCCAAAAAUAUUCGGCAAACAGAGCUGCUGGUCAACUUGAGAGAGGCCAUCCUACAGAUUGCACGCCACUUCCAAUCAUUGGAUCCCAAGAACAACAAAGUGAACCUACAGGCAGAUUAUACCAUGGAGAGCCAUGCUUUGGAUCUGGAAAACUAUGUCAAUGUGGCACGCAAUCGUCGUCGCCGUGCAAAGGCUUUGCUUGACUUUGAACGUCAUGAUGAUGAUGAACUUGGCUUCAGAAGGAAUGAUAUAAUCACACUCAUUUCACAGAAAGAUGAGCACUGCUGGAUUGGGGAGCUAAAUGGCCUGAGAGGCUGGUUUCCUGCAAAAUUUGUUGAGGUUUUGGAUGAGCGUAGCAAGAAUUACUCUUCUGCUGGAGAUGACUCUGUUAACGAAACAGUCACUGAUCUUGUCAGAGGAACUCUGUGUCCAGCCUUGAAAGCUAUCUUUGAACAUGGACUUAAAAAGUCUAUUAUAAUGGGAGGUCAUUGUCAUCCAUGGUUGUUCAUUGAAGAGGCGGCAACAAGGGAAGUAGAAAAAGAUUUUCAGAGUGUUUAUUCUAGGCUGGUUCUCUGCAAAACUUACAGGCUAGAUGAGGAUGGCAAAGUUUUGACACCAGAGGAAGUUCUUUACAGGGCUGUGCAGGCAGUCAAUGUGUCACAUGAUGCAUGUCAUGCACAGAUGGAUGUCAAGUUUCGAUCACUCAUCUGCUGUGGUCUGAAUGAACAAGUACUGCACCUGUGGCUGGAAACCCUAUGCUCAUGUGUAGAGGUGGUGGAGAAAUGGUACCAUCCCUGGUCAUUUUUGAGAAGUCCAGGCUGGGUACAGAUCAAAUGCGAACUCAGACUGCUGGGGCAGUUCUCCUUCAGCCUCUCGCGGGACUGGGAGCUCCCCAAGCAGCUCGACACCUUCCGACCUUUCCGUGAUGGGGUCAAGGACAUGCUGGUCAAACACCACCUCUUCAGCUGGGACAUCUGAUACUUUACAGCUACACUGGACGGGCGACAGGACAAAAUUCCAUUGGAAUAAGCCUUCAAGGACUGCCAGGAUUGUUUAUAGCAUGUGUUUAGGGGGGAAAAGUUUCUGCUAAAUGAAAAUAACGAAAGUGACGGGGGACUUUGCAUGUAUAUACUCUGUAAGUCUUUUGUCUGCUAAAAGACUGACACCUGCCAGCAACCUGCGUGAAAUCUUGGGUAAGACGGUCGCAUAUUUCGACAAUAGUCAUGUGCUUGCAUGGUGUUGGAAUGCCUCCACUUAAUAAAAAAUUGAACACUUUCUAAAUAACAGCAACCCACAUCCCAACGUCUUUGUUCUAAUAAACACAUAGAACAUUCAAACUCCGAUUGCCGGAACUUUGUUCAUCCCAUAAAGACAUUUUGUGUUUAAAACGACUGAUGGGAGACGGGUACAAGUUAAAUCAUUUAUUGGUAUGACAAGUCGACGAAGGGAACUUGAGAGGGCAUAGAAAUCAGCUGACGCUGUUCAAGGGGUCAUAUUUGCUGCCACAAUACGUGACGAGAUGCAAUAGGAUCGAUCGAUUCGAUCAGGGUACUAUCGAUCGAAUGUUAAAAGUAUAUUACUGUGCGGUUUCAUUGCCACAUGUAGUCACUAUCCCACAAAGUGCUAAUUCGUUUCUGUAGAAUGAACUUUGGUCGUGUAGUUGUAUUUGAACAGGACGUUACAUGACCUUACGAAGAAGUGUUUGUAUUUGCUGUGUGUGCGUGGGCAAAAAAAGUGAGGGGUGAAUAAUGACAUUUUGAGAAGAUAGGAUAGAAGUAAGGAGACAGAACUAAGGGAAUAGGAUGCUUAUAUUAUGUACGAGUACUAACGACCAUGUGUCAUCGAAACAACAUUGCAGUUAUGACUAAUCACGGCCUUAGAAACGAAUUCACAGUCGAUGGCAAUAAAGCUGUAUAUGAUGCUUACACAGCCCUAUAUUUUUCGUAAAAAUUUCCCAGAAUUGAGAACUUUCAAUAACUGCGAUUUGUACACAACUUAUAUGUGUAUAUAGUUUGCCUAAACCUCACCUUUGCCCUAUUUUUGGAGGAGUGAGUGACCUUACAAAGUACCCUCUCCAAACCCUUUUCCAGUAUUUUCCGUUGCCUCUGAUGUAUGUGACUGACCUACACACCCUUCCCACCCUAGCACACAUACAGACUGGGAGAAAAAUCUCUUGCUUCCUGUCGUGGGUUCGUAAAGGUUAUGACCAUUGUAUUCUCAACUUCCCCAUGGUUUACGAAAUAAAUCACUAUAUAUACACAAUUCAGGCGUCAGUGGGGAUUUGUUUACAAAUACUAUGUUUGUGGCAAGGCUAACUUCCGUUCUGAAGAUACUGAGUAGUUCCAGUAACACUCUCAAACCCGCGCGCGCAAUUUUAUUAUUAUUAAUUUUUGCAUAAAGAUGGGGCGGUCUUAGACACUUCUUGGUUGAGGAUAGAUGACCUGUUGAUGCUAUAUGCCACCUACUCAGCAUUGUAGGGUACUGCUGGCGAGUGUAGACGAGGCUGCGCCACUGCUUCAGAUUGACCUGAUGGUCAUGUAGACUAAGACCAGACCAGGAAUAACAAGAUGGCGACUGGCAAUGACAUUGCACAGUCAGUGCUAGAAGACGUCUGCCAUCUGACUGUCGCAGGGCUGCAUUGUACUGUACAAUUGUAUAUGCUACCAUGAUGCAGACUCAUGGCUGUAAAUAACAAUUUCAUGUUCACUUUCAGUGACUUGCAACUAUGUUGUUGUUUGUCACAAGAGGCAAUCGUGAUUUCAAAACCCGUACUCCGUGAUAUAUGAUUGUGGUUGUAAAGUAAUUUUGUUUAUAGAAAGGGGUUAUUCGUGAUUGUACAGUUUCGAAUGGUUUAUGUUACGAGUAUAAAUUGUUAUCUUGCUAAGAAACUAAGAGUCAUGGCGUUCAGCAGCAACCAGUAAUGACUCGUGCAGUUAGGGGUAGGGGCAUCGUCAGCAAGGGGUAGUCUUCAUGUAGCGAUCAGAAUGUCUAUACUUAGGGGUGAGUAGACUAUAGUCAUACGAUUAGCCCCUUACUAUUUUUCUUGGAAUUGUUAAAUAUGCAGACACAAUGCCAAUAAUAGCGCCACCUACCCCAAAAUACUGAUCUCUCGUUGUACGGUGUGAAUUUUACCAAUUUACGAUGAUGGUACAGUUAUGGAUUCAAAUUAUCUGCACAAUCUUUAUUCACAAUGAUGAAGAUAAGGCAUCACUGCUAUCUCGCUCAGCCUCAAUAACGCCAACCCUUUCAUCUUUUGUCUAAAGCCCCGUUGGCCCUUUCACUAUAAACUUCCACGAGAGGCUAGCGUGAGGUGAGCAGGAUUUAUUUAAUGUUAAGAUGAGAGUAGAGGAACAGGUGCAAUGAGGCACAAGUCUUACAGUCCAUGGAGUGGUGAUAUCAUCCAGUCAUGAAAGUAGUUGACCAACCUCACCGUUCUUUUGAAACAAAACUUUUACAUCAUUCGACAUCUUGUGUUGGUAAGAAAAAUGGCGGCUACCCUAUACAGUAUACACUUCGAACGCAUGCUACACAUCACUUUACAACGCAUUCAUCGCCGUUACACAUUCAUUACUAUGCUAUUGAUCUAGUACUAAUCACUUUGUUACACAUUCACUACUGUUACGUAUUAUUGGACACGAAGUUCGAUGGCUGUAAGGAAUCUCAGUGUAAGUUUGAAAUCAGUUUCUUGCCAUUUCACUACCAGUCAUACUACCACCCCAACCCCCAUGUCUUUAUGUAUCUGCCUCUGCAGCUGACACGUAUGUCAUAAAGACUGUGAAUCGCCCACAAAAAGAGUGAUCUUUUAUGAACAAUGAUUCAAAGGUAAGGCUACGUUUUUUGAAGUUUUGUAAAUAUUUUUAAAAGUAUAUUUAAGUAGUGAGCAACUGUACUGCUCAAGAGGCAUGCCAGUUGUUUUAAUAUUUUAAAAGUUUUGGGUAGGGGGUCUUAUUUAACGGUUUCUCAUAUGUGUAGUGAUAGUUCAGUAACAGCUGCCCUCUUUUUUCUUUUGAAACUUAUUUUGAGUUAAUGAUAAUUUUGAUGUUUUAUUUAUUUAUGCCUGCUGUACUUAACGGUAUAGAAUUUGUCAUUCCACUGGCACAUUCUUUUAAGUCCCUGCAAUCAUGUAACGUGAAUUCCCAAGGUGGAUUUGAAAAAUAUUUCCUUUGAUUACAUAUGCAUUGAAAA